AUGAUGAGGAGGAAUAUAAAUAGGAUUAGAGAAAGAGGAGAAUGGAGAAAUGUGAAUUGUGUGAUCUCUGAAAAAUUUUGAAUUCUGAAUCUGAAAAUGUCACGACAAACGGUGUACGUGCAGCAGUGUACGGGUGUCAAUGGCCUCGAGAAAAUCAUUCUCAGAGAAGUUCGCGGUUUCUCUGCGGAGAUUUAUCUGUACGGUGGUCAAGUAACGUCAUGGAAGAAUGAUCUUGGGGAGGAAUUGCUCUUUGUCAGUAGUAAGUUUUCGAAUCACGGCUCUCUUCAGCAACAUGGAUUUGCGAGGAACAGGUUUUGGUCAUUAGAUCCUAAUCCUCCGCCGUUUCCCACAGCUACCACCAACAGAGCUUUCAUUGACUUGAUUCUUAGGCACUCUGAGGAUGAUGCAAAACAUUGGCCACAUAGAUAUGAGUUCCGGUUGAGGAUAGCUUUGGGACCUGCCGGCGAUCUGUUGAUGACGUCUCGCAUUCGAAACACAAAUACUGAUGGAAAAUCCUUCACCUUCACAUUUGCCUAUAAUACAUACUUCUAUGUUACUGACAUCAGUGAAGUGCGAAUUGAAGGAUUGGAGACACUAGAUUAUCUGGACAACUUGAAGAAUAGAGAACGAUUUACUGAACAAGGGGAUGCUAUUACGUUUGAGUCUGAAGUGGACAAAGUUUACCUAAGCACUCCGACAAAAAUCGCAAUCAUAGACCAUGAAAGGAAGAGAACUUUUGUAUUGCGAAAAGAUGGGCUUCCAGAUGCUGUGGUAUGGAAUCCAUGGGACAAGAAAGCGAAAUCCAUAUCUGAUCUAGGGGAUGAUGAGUACAAAAAUAUGCUUUGUGUUCAAGCUGCUUGCGUAGAAAAUCCAAUUACCCUUAAACCUGGUGAAGAGUGGAAAGGAAGACAAGAGAUAUCUCCAGUUCCUUCAAGUUAUUGUAGUGGUCAACUUGACCCACGAAAAGUACUUUUUACUUAUUAGGAGAAUGAUUUCCAAUGCAUCUUUGUAAAGGUAAU